CUAAGUUCAGCAGGGCCUGGUCUCGGCACGCCAGGCCGCCCUGACCACCUCCGGCAGCCUCCCACUGUGGCACGGAGCACACCGGUCGCUGCCCCGACGCGUCCUUCGAUACGACCCCGACGCCAGAGUCUGUGCACUCGGGCAGGGCUUGCAAGACGCCGCUGCCCAGACGCCAUCGCCGCGACGCCUAGCCACGAUGCAGCGCCGCCCCCGCGGCGUCUCGCAAGCCUUCCGCGACGAGGAGAUCCAUGGCGAGUACGAGGAGGCGAAGGACGAAGAUGAUGACGACGACGAGCUGCCCCGCUCGACGAGUUUCAUGGCAAACAAUCUCACGCGCACCUUGCUCGCCGCCUCGGAACGGAAUCCCACCUCGUAUAUGUCGAAGGCCAUGUCGACGCAAGGCCGCGCGGCCAAGACGUUCGCCAAGGAGUUUAAUCCCGAACCCUCGAAAAAACAGUACAACAAGGCUCGGGGCCUCGGCAAGACGGCCACGGUCGUCACGACGCAACUCACAUCCAUCUUCAACGCCCUCAAGGGCAAGGAUGGCUUGGCCACGUCCCGAUUGGGCGACGCGAUCCGCGCGCUGGACCUGAAAUACGCACCACCACCCGGUUCGACCCAUCCCCAGGAAGCGGCAGCUACCUUCUUGACCGAGCUUGCUUUAGAUCCCUCGCAAGCCUUGGAUGAAGACGCCUUCAUCGGCGCUGCGGCCACGUUGAGACCCGAAGCCAUCAAAGCAGCCGCCGGCCCCCGGAACGCGAAAAGAUUGCAACGCAAGAUGCGGGCCGACCCCUUCGCGAUCAUGCGGCGGAAACAGUCGCGAGCCCAGGCCUUUGACUUCAAGAGAGAAGCCGAGACGGGCAAGGCGCUCGCGCACACACAAAGGCUCCAGGAAGAUGUUCUCGCGAAGCAUGUGAGUGAAGACUUCCUGGAACUCCCCGAGGAGAAAAAGGACGAACGUAGACUACAAAGGAAGUUACGGAGGAUGGAGAUCGACGCCAUCAAGGCCGACCGGAAAGAUCUGGAGAGGUGGAAACAGGAAGAUGCUGAGAGGAAGGAGGCGGUCCAGAAGAAAUUGGAGAUGAUCGAGAAGCUUCGUAAAAGUGGGGAGGUCAUCAGUGACAAGGAGGCUGCACAAAUGGUCGCGUCGAUCCCGCCCUUACGGCCGCGGCCGCAGGACCCGUUGCCGCUGCCUGCUAGGAAAAAGCUACAUGAGCGAACGCUGGAAGGCCACGAAGUGGCGGACAAGGCGGACCAGUCCCGCUUCGAGGCGGCCCAUCGGUCGUACUACGAGGCUUCUUCCGUGCCGGAAGCCCAGGUGCCUCGACUGACUGGUCCUGUGGACCACGUGACACGUAAUGUGGAGGCCGUGACAUUAAGAUCAUCUGGAAGCGUACCUCUGAUGGACGCCCUGGCUCUCGAAAGAGAAUCAAAAGCCACGAGGGUGAACCUCGUGAAAAGAGAAGAACUUGACCUGCGGAUGGAGCUGCCUCUACGGCAAGGGUUUGACGCCACGGCUGCGUCCAUAGACCUGCCCGCGGGCUUCGAUGCUUCAGCAUUGAAGGAGAUCCGCGUGCCGCCGCCCGGCGCGGCGUCCGGCGCGCCGCGAGGCGGGCCGAGAGAAGCUGUGGUCCAGGAGGCGCGACGAGCAGAAAGGGAGGCCAUCCGCAAGCGCAAGGCGGAAGCUCGAUUGGCUGAAAGGGUCUCCAUGGCCAUUUCGAACGUGCAGAAGCACGGGAUUGAAGAGAGAUUAGAAGAAGUGAAACACGAGGAGUUGUCCAACGCGAUCCGACUGGUAGAUCAUAUUAGGAGGGAGGAGUUCGACCGGGAGGAGAAGAUCCACCUGGAGCGGGAGCGGGCCUCCAAGGAACGGGCCGCGGAACGGCGCCGGCUGAAGGAGGAGCUCGAGCGCGACGUGGAGCUCAUCCGGAACAGUGAGAUGGAUCGGGUAUUGGCGUUGCGGUCGCAGAAGGCUCCUUUCACGAUCCACCCGGGCAUCUUCGAUUCUACCAUACCACCGGAAACGGAUGAAAGCAAGCAGAGGAGGAAGCAGGCUUCGUUGUUGAGUGAGUGGCGUUCCGCGGUAGAGGCCGAGAAAGAGCGUGUUGCGAAUAUUAGAUCGACCAAUCUCCAGAACUACUUCGACGCGCGGGCCUCGCCGUUCAUUGGCGAGCCCUCGGAGUGGAAGGCGACGGGCUCACCGGUGCGGACGGCUUCUUCCCUCGUCGACGGCACGGGCGUCUUCGUCGAGGAAAGCGCCGAGCCGGCAGAAAACGAGUUGUAUCCGACGUUUUCUCGCGCUUCUACCCGUGGCUCAUUAAAGACGCGCGGCUCCGUCGACUCGUGGACUAUUACUGAUGGUGGCGCGCGCUCCGAGACCGUGACGCCGGCCGCCUUGCCGCCGGCCAUGGUCGCCGCCGAUCGAAUAUUUAGGCCGAAGCGGCGCGUGCAGACGGUGUAUCUCUAA